AUGUAUUCACUAUAGAAAUUAGUUCCAAAUAGUAAAUUACAAAUUAAGCCUGGUGCAUUCUCUCAACAUCAAAAAUUAAAUUAAAGUGUUGAUGGUGUAUUGCCUGUAAAUUAAUAAUCUUUACAGCAACUAUAAACAUAGAUAUAAAUAUUAACAAAAAAAGAACCUAUUCGAUAAUAAAAUAAGAAAUAAGAAUUACUAUAGAUAUUAGAGAAUGCUUAAGCAAACUAAAAAUAAACUAAAUCAAUGUCACCUAAAAGAACACCUUAGAAAUAGAAGAGUAACAGAAAAUUGAAUUUUAAUUAAAUCACAGAUCAAGAUAAUAUAUUUUUGAAUUCUAGUAAUGCCAUGGCAAAUAUGAUAAUUGAAAAUAUCUUAAAUAAAGAUGAAUAUUAUGAGAAAAUUAAAUUAGAGAAUUAAGAACUCAAAGAUUAAUCUUCAAAAUUGUAAGUUACUAUAGGAGAUCUAAAAAAGAAAAUAACUACUUUAGAACGUUAGAAUAAAGAAAUUAAUAGUAAUUUAAGCAAUGAACGUCAAACUUAUUAAAAUGAGUUAAUAAAAAUAAAUGAGAAAAUUUAAUCAAUGAAAACAAUGUAAUAAAAUUUAUAGAUGGAAUAAAAGAAAAAUGAAUUGCUAACAAAAUAAUUGUAAGAUUAAAUUAAUAUUAAUAAUGGUUUAAAAUCUUUUAUUUGUGAAAAUUGUUUAUUAAGUAUAGAAUUCUUAACAUUCUUUUAAAAAUCAGUGUAAACUUUUUAACCACAUUUAAGUAAUGCAUAUGAUAUUUUAAUUUAAUUAUCCAAACAUUCAACAUCCUUUAUUUUUGAAUUUAUUUCUAAAACACAGAAUUUAAAUUUACCUGCAUUAAGAAAUUGUUUACUUCCAGAAGAAUUUGAUGUGAAUGGAUUUUUUGAAACAUUAGAAGAAUUAAAAUUGAAUGAAUCUCCAGAAUUAUCAUUUCGAAAUAAAAAUAAUAAUCUAAUAAAAAAGAAUAUUCAUGGAAAUAAUAAUAAUAAUAAUAUACCAAUAGGUGAUGUACCAAAAUAAAAUAAAAAUACAUCUUUAUAAGAAUAAUUUAAUUCAUUUCUUGAAUCAAGUGAACCAUUCUCAGAUUCAUAAUUAGGUAGUCCUUAUUUUACAGAUUUAGAAACUGUUGAUAAAUAAAGACCUAUUAGUAAAGAAAAACAAAGAAAUUAGAUGCCAUUAUAAAUGAAUGCUGCUAAAAGAAUCAAACCUGAAAUUAAUUAAGCUCCUCAUUAUUUUUAAUCAUUUAAAUAAGAUGAAAAUGAACCAACUGUUUUUGAUUCUCUAAUGAAAGAAGCACCUACAAAUAAAGAUCGAUGUUCAUCUGUUCAUAGUUUAAGAUAUUUAGAUUAAUAAAUUUAAAAAGAGUAAGACAAAUCAACAAAAAGAAACAAAGAAAAUUAAUAAAAUAAUUGUCAAUUUGUAAUAGCUAAAUAUGAUUAUAAAGCUUAAAAAGUAUAUGCAUAUUAUAAUAUUAAUAGGAUAUUGAUUUGAGUUUCAAGAAGGGAGAUUAAAUUAAACUAUUAAAAAAGACAACAAAUGGAUGGUGGUAUGGUGAAGAUAAGAAUUAAGUCAAAGGAUACUUUCCACAUAAUUUUGUUCAAUUAUUAGGAUGA